AUGUCGUGUUUCACGCAGCUGUGGCACUCCAACACGCCAGACUCUCCCACCACCCCAGUCCCUGCAUCUCCAAGUGAAAUUCCCAUCCCUAUCAGCCCCAUUGUUGUCACCUCCCCAGGAGAUGGCAAGAGGAAGGCGAGGUCCCCAACCGACAAGCCAGGCUCUCCAAACCCGACGUCUCCGAAGCCUACCUCCCCCGUUGAGUGUUCCAUUUGCUUCAACACCUAUGACAACACCUUCAAGACGCCCAAGCUGCUCCAGUGCUCCCACGUUUUCUGCCUGGAGUGUGUGGCCCGCCUGAGCAAGGGGCUACCCCCAAACCAACCGGAGGACCAGCUCCCCUGCCCCUUCUGCCGGCAGCUGACCAGCAUCCCUCUGGAAGGUGCCCCAGCACUCCAGACCAGCAAGGAGCUCCUUGCCACACUGCCCCCUGAACUGCAGCAGGAGAAGGUGCUCUGGAUGGAAGGGACCAAGCUCUGCUGCCGCCAGUCAUCCGAUGACCCUGAGAAUCCAGACUCGUGUAUCUCCAUUGACGUCGCCAUGAGCAAGCCAGAAAGUCCGGAGGCUCCCCCGACGGGGUUAGCUGGGAGGCUGUCCCGCUGCGACAUGUGCGAUGACUGGAAACGCAUAGUCCUCCUCUCUGCGUUGAUCAUCAUCCUCUUCUGCAUCAUCCUGUGGCCAGUCCAGUGUGCUCUGAAGACCGGGAACCUCCGCUGCUUCACAAGGACUGUGGCAAUGAGCAGGCCGGAGUAUCUCCCCUCUAAGCACACCACAGCAGCAGCACCUGUGACACAGCUCCCUUUCCACUAG